AUGUUCUCAAUAAAUCCCCUGAUAUAUGUGUUGCUCGUCCUGGCUGGAAUGGUAAGAGGCAGUCAGCUGUCAAACAUUGAAAAGUUGUUGAAUAUCUCACGUUAUGAGGCACCCAAUUGGGAUUCCCCUGAUUUGACGUACAUGAAUAAUUUUGAGGAACUGACAGUGAUAUCCUAUACAGGCCAACAAAAUUUCACUGUUCAAGCCAAUGAGUCGUCAUUAUUAUACUAUAGCAAUGAUACAUUUGUUAAAUUGUUUGAAACAUCGCCAGAGACCACUGUAACCAUGAUUGUUCCUUUGUUUGAGGAUUCAUUCAUUUUGUCGGGAACAGGUCAAAUUAAUGGAGUUGCUUUGGAACAGCAAAUAUUAUUAAAUUUAACCAGCUUGACCACAUCACCAAUAUUCCCUAGUGCAGUCGAGAAUGUAAUGGACAUUCUGACCGUCAAUGAAACUGUCAUAUUUGUUGGUAACUUUUCUAUGUCAGUCUCCAACGAGACAGGACAUGGGGCUGUAUUAUGGGAUGUUGUCGCAAACACCACUGAAUUAUUUCCUUUCAAAGGAUUUGGUGAAAAUUCAAUCGUUAAUUCAGUCGUGAAAUUAAACUCCGAUAAUAUAUUGUUCGCUGGUAGUUUCCAAGAGAUUCAAAACGCAUCGCUUUUACAAGAGUUUGGCAAUGCGACCAAUUCAUCUCAUGAAGAUUUGACGUCCCUACAAUUCGAUCAAUCAGUACCUUUGAAACUUUCAUCUAUCACCGGAGAAAAUGUUCAAUCAGAUAUUCUUCUGUGUCCCUCUGGUGGGCAAAAUGGUUGGUCUGCAUCUGAAGCCGUUCAAUCCACUUUGCAAUUCGAUUUGAAAAAUGAGAUCCACCCAUCCAAGGUAAGAAUAUAUAAUUCUGUGGAAGAAAAUUCUGAAAUUUCCCUGUUCAGAAUUAUUACCGGUCCUUCCAAUGGUAUCAUGAAUUUGACGUAUUUGGAUCCUGCAUCAGGAGAGCUGAAACAGUGCGAUGCAUGGUGUCCAUUACUAUCGAUAGAAGAUUUGACACAGAUAAGCCAAAACUCCACUGCAGCUCCAAAGUCAGUGGGCAUCAAUAACAAUAGUACCAAUUUGAAAUGGUCAGAAUCCUAUCAGGAGUUUGCUUUUGUUAAUGACAUACCUGUUACCAUGUUACAGUUUGUAGCUCUAGCGUCCUAUGGAAGUAAUGCCGCGUUGCAUUCUAUUGAGAUAUUCGAAACGGAAUUUAUGGUGUACGCCAAUAAUAGUUAUAAUGAACCAAACUGCGAAUCAGUUACGGAAUAUUCAAAGGCAGAGCUAUCCUCUGAUAACUGGUACACCACUGACGAAUCUGAUACCUAUAUAUCAACUAACAUCGACGAUAAUAUCCCUUAUGUCACCUUCCACCCCAACAUUACUUAUCCAGGAAGAUACACUUUCAAUAUCUACACACCAGGCUGUCUACAAGACAAUUCUUGCUCUAAAAGAGGUAUCGUAAAUGUCACUAUGAUUGAUCGUUCUAUAAAUGAAGUGCUGGCCAGUGUAUUGAUUUAUCAGACCAACAAUGAGGAUAAAUUCGACCCUCUGUAUACAGGUUCAUUAGGAAGCGCACCGGAAAUAAUUGUAACCUGGGAUAAAGCGAUUGGUGAAAGCGAUUCAGUCAUGGUGGUUGACCGCUUGGGUGUUAUUACUGAGUAUAUUGACACCAUAAGUAUCAGCAGCAAUGAUACAACCUUUCAUCUCAACGGUUUGUUCCAAUACAACACUGCAAAUGUGACAGCAUCAAUUUUCAGCACGAAUGAUACAUUUAAUGAUUAUGCUCUUUAUAAUUUCCCGCUCGAUGCCAAUCUUUAUGCUGCCUCCUUGAAUAACGAUAUUUUGAUCGGAGGCAAUUUCAAUGGGAUUGCUAAAGUGGAACUCAACGAUGAAGCAUUGAUUUCUUCCUCUCAAAAACUAGGAACGUCUGGAUAUACUACUGGUAUCUUUGAGUACUCAAAUGGUUUAUUAUUAUCGGGUACCUACCAAGUAGAGAAUGACAGUCGGCAUGAAAUUUUGAGCUAUGAUGGUAAUGCCUUCAAUAGCUUUGGCCAAUUAGAUGAGCCCAUCGACAGGAUCGUGAACUUUACCAUUGAUGGGCAUGAGCUUUUGCUCUUCGACAACGCCUAUAUUUUCAACGUGUCUGCAAAUAUGUAUGUUUCCAACUCCUCCACGUUUGAAAUAACUGGACAGUCGGCUGGGAUUAAUUCUGGUAACGACUCUUUAUUAUUUGGCUCCUUUUUGAAAAGGUCUGUCGGUGAACUCAAUGGACUGGCAUCCCUGUCAUCUGAUGGACAAGUAUCAUCACCUACUUUACCUGAGCUACCAACAGAUGUUCAACCUUACAAGGCGGCGUAUAUUAAUGAUACUUCAGCUGCUUAUGCCUUACAAGAAGGCUCAACUGACAAUGUUCAACAUAGGGUAUUAAUUACCAACACAAAUUCCUCCUCGCAUAUGCUACAGAUUCAAUGGUCUGCUCCAAUUAACGCCUUUUUAUAUGAUAAUGUACCGAAUAUUUUGGCUAUUGGUACCAAUGGAAGCAAUUCUUCAAGCCAAUAUGAUGUUCAAUUUAGCAUACUGAACUUGACCGGUUACGAAAACGUUGCUCGAGUUAACUUUUCAACCAAUGAACGUGUAAAUUCUAUGGUUUCUUUUAGUUCUAAUAAUAGUAUUCUAGUCGGUGGAUCAUACGAGAUAGACAAUUGCAAUGACUUGUGUCUAUAUAACUACCAAACUAAAGAAUGGACUAGCUUCUUAAAUGAUUCAAUCACUGGCGAUAUAAGACAAAUGCAGUUUGCGGACGAAGGGAAAACCCUUCUAGUUGGUGGUUUAAUUAAGACUAACAACGAGUCUAAUAUACAACUUCUUUCUGUGGAAGUGGGUAGCAACAUAUUUUCGACGGUAAAAUCUGGUACGGAACCUCUACUGUCAUUUGUUCCUAUCGAUGAUUCUACCGACAAUAUCAUUGCUCAAAUGAAUAGUGAAAUACUCCGAUUAGAAAGUGGGACCUGGAGUUCAUUUGGGCCCCAAUUGAACAAUGACUCUAUUGUUUCUGGUUUUAAAGUGCUAUCUGGUACUGAAUCUAAAAAGAGAGAUGAAGGGUCUCAUAUCGUCCUCUUGGAAGGAACUUUGAACUCAUCAGAAUGGGGCAAUCUGACCUCUGUAGUUUAUGAUGGUUCAACACAAAAAUGGCAACCAUAUUUCGUAAUUUCUGACCCAAAAGAGCAGGAGAGCCUACCAAGUAGUUCAUUUUUCCAAAAUGUUAACGAUCUAUAUCUUUCUUCUUCACAAACCGUGCUACAGAGCAACAAUUCUGACACAUCUGCUUCAUCCACCCCAACACCAUCUACAACCAGCUCAUCGCAUUCCACAAAAGAUAAAAAAAUAGACAGAGGAUUCAUCGUGUUGAUAGGUUUGGCUUUAGCAUUAGCUACCGUUGCUGUAAUUGGCCUAAUUGGUGCGCUAAUUUGCUACUUCUUUAUCAAUAAUAACGGCUAUGAAUCCCUCAAACCAAGAAUCAACCAAGACGAGAUGUUAGAUACCGUUCCUCCUGAGAAGCUAAUGAAAUUCAUUUAA